AUGGCUCCAUCGGCGCGUGUGUACGCCGCGCUUGGCACGAACCUGGGUGACAAAGUGGCGAAUUUGGAGAAUGCGCUGGCCAUGUUGACACAAACGGUUGGCCCAGUAGAAGCGACCUCCCGCCUGUACACUACAGCGCCGCAAUACGUAGAAGACCAGCCUGCCUUCCUCAACAUCGUAGCCAGACUACGCACGCACCUCAAACCUAAAGAACUACUCGGGGCCUUCAAGACCAUCGAGCGGGAGAUCGGACGCACGCCAUCACUCAGAUGGGGACCCCGACUCAUCGACGUGGACAUUUUACUGUACGACGACCUGGUCCUCAAGACGGACACGGAAGAAGGACCAUUGAUUGUCCCCCACGAGCGCAUCGCUGAACGAGAUUUUGUACUCGCUCCUCUAUGUGAUGUGGCUCCAGACUUGAUGCACCCUGUGUUGAAGCAGUCAAUGCAGCAGCUGUACGACACAUUACAAGCUGAGGAACAGCGUUAUGUGCCUCCAGUACCGAUGCUCCCUGUGGAUAAGAACACACCGUGGUCUUUGGGGAGUAAGACGUUCGUCAUGGGGAUCGUGAAUGUCACUCCCGAUAGUUUUAGUGACGGAGCGGAGCUCGAGACGGCGGCUGCUGCAGUGCAGAAGGCGUUGGAGAUGGCGCGAGCUGGUGUGGAUAUUAUUGACAUUGGCGGCGAGUCGAGUCGUCCUGGAGCGGAGUCGGUGACGCAAGACGAGGAACUGAGUCGCGUGCUGCCGGUGAUUCGUGGCAUUCGCGAGAAGAGCAAGAUUUCCAUUUCUAUCGACACCACGAAGGCGGAAGUUGCUCGACAGGCGAUUGAAGCAGGAGCGAACAUCGUCAACGACAUUUCUGCUGGGCUAAACGACACUGAAAUGUUGGCUACUGUCGCGAAGCUACGAGUUCCAAUUGUGUUGAUGCACAUGCGAGGCACGCCGAAGACUAUGACUGGACUCAAGGAGUACGAGGAUGUUGUAACUGAAGUUAGCGACGUUCUUAACGAACGUGUGGCGGCUGCUGAGGCGGCUGGGAUCUUCCGCUGGAACAUCGUCCUGGACCCAGGCAUCGGAUUUGCCAAAGCUCGCGUUCUCAACCUGAAGCUGCUACGGAACCUGUCGACGGUUAAGCAAACCUGCCACGGACUUCCUUUGCUGGUGGGUUCAUCUCGCAAGGGCUUUAUCGGCGAGAUCUGCGGUCGCCCGGACCCGAAAGACCGAGCUUGGGGUACCGCUGCCACAUGCUGCGCUGCCAUCGAGCAAGGAGUCGACAUCUUGCGUGUGCACGACGCAGCGGAGAUGGUGGACGUGGCCAAAAUGUCGGAUGCUAUUUGGCGUCAAGGAUAG